AUGGUUGCUCAGUUUAACCAGUAGGUGGCAGUAAAGUAUCAAUUUAGAUUUCUGGAAAGUCAAACUACAGUGUUAAUUGUGUUCUGGAUGGAAAAUACUGAGGAAAUGUAUAUGUUUUGCUUCAUUUAGAUAGCAGUAGUGUUUUAGUAUGUCUAUAAUAUCUUGAAUGUGACAGAGAUAACAUUUCACCUGCCCCUAUGUCGUUACAUAUCUUAUCAGCUGUCCUGUCCUGUGUUCAUAUUCAUUGUGCUCUCUCCCAGCCAGGCGGUGGUGGUGGACAGGACCAUGUACGUGUCAGGCCAGCUGGGGAUGGACCCUGCCUCUGGUCAGCUGGUGGAGGGGGGGGUGCAGGCUCAGACCAAACAGGUGUGGUGAAGCUUAGAACCCCUCCUCCUCUCUCUCAGUUACAACCACAAGACAUAGAACAGGGAUGUUACAACCACAAGACAUAGAACAGGGAUGUUACAACCACAAGACAUAGAACAGGGAUGUUACAACCACAAGACAUAGAACAGGGAUGUUACAACCACAAGACAUAGAACAGGGAUGCUCAUGUAGCAGACGGGGAACUCACUCCUCGGACUGAAGUGUCUCCGCUUGCGCUGCUGAAUAGCUAACUUUUCAGUGGUGCGACUGGGUACGACGCUUUCAGGAGGUCGGUCAUGUGUGUUUGCGAGGCAGAUGUCCUGGGUUCGAGCCUCGGUAUUAGCCGAAUCGGGAGGAAGCGGUACUCGCUAAGCAAGCAGCGCGACAUCCUUUACACUCAUUCGAUAUCAAAGUUAAUUGAAAAUGAACUUCCUACAGUUUGAAUCAGGAAUAGGAUGCUACUGUGCCCUAAACAAUCUCAUCUCUAUUUCCAUCCCGUACAGGCUCUGGUGAACAUGGGGGAGAUCCUGAAGGAAGCAGGGUGUGGAUAUGACAAUGGUAAGAAGGUUAUGUUAUAGAAUGUUAUUUUAUGGAAAGUUGUAUUAGAUGUUUGUAAAUUGUAUCUAGCAAAACUGAUUUUUUAUUUUCCCACAGUGGUAAAAACCACGGUUCUUCUGGCUGACAUGAAUGACUUCGUCAGUGUAAAUGAUGUCUAUAAAACAUGUAAGUUGAAUUUCUCUGAAUAUUCAUGUUGUUGUGAUCCUUCUUAUUAAAUCUCUGAAUAUUGAUGUUGUUGGGAUCCUUCUUGUUGAAUCCUCUGAAUAUUCAUAUUGUUGGGAUCCUUCUUGUUGAAUCCUCUGAAUAUUCAUGAUGUUGGGAUCCUUGUUGAAUCCUCUGAAUAUUCAUGUUGUUGGAUCCUUCUUGUUGAAUCCUCUGAAUAUUCAUGUUGUUGGGAUCCUUGUUCUUUAAUCCUCUGAAUAUUCAUGUUGUUGGAUCCUUCUGUUGAUCUUGAAUAUGAUGUGGAUCCUUUUGAAUCCUCUGAUAUUCAUGUUGUGAUCCUUCUCUUUACCAUGAAGUUCAGUGUUGGAUCCUCCUUGUUAAUGCACUGAAAAUUCAUGUGUGAUCCUUGUUAAUUCUCUGAAAUCAUGUUGUUGGGAUCCUUUUGUUGUUAUGCAGAUUAUUAGCACUUCUGUUGGUAUUUGGCACUGCCAAGUGACUAGGUGUCACUGUUGCCCAAGAGAUUGAGUAUGGUAUGUAAGGAAGCCGGAUGAUCAUUUUUGUGUAUGUGGCACUUCACUCGAGUAAGUUUGAGCACUGCCAUGACAGUGACUGGAGUUACCUUCAUACAGAUUCAGUUAGCACACUAUCUAAAACUCACUAACCUGAUUGACAUACUGUGUCUGGCUACGUGAGACUAGCCCCCUAUAACUUAAACUGCAUGUAAGCUAGGUUGCGAGAAAGGCCUUUAUUAGUAUGGUUCCAACUGAAUACUAUGGGAUACUGUCAGCUCCAUUUCCAGAGCACAUACCUUGUUAGUCUGCCAUUUUAAUGGCAGUGAGAGCUAGGAGACCCCUGCUGAAGAGAUAAGGUGUGUGACAACUCUGCUUUAGACCCACCUCCCACCUCUGAUAGGCCCCCUACACCAGUAGACCCACCUCCCACCUCUGAUAGGCCCCCUACACCAGUAGACCCACCUCCCACCUCUGAUAGGCCCCCUACACCAGUGUCUGUAGACAGGUCUAACUUUCCUAUCAUUACAGUACAGAGAGGGCUGUCUGUAGAGAGGUCUAACUCUCCUAUCAUGUGUGUUUUUCUGUGUUUACUGUAGUCAUAUUGUAUGUACUGCAUGUAGAUGAUGUUUAAAUUAGUCUGUCUAUAUUCUGUAUUUAUAUAUUGUCUAUUGCUGUCAGCACAUUUUACAUUUAAGUCAUUUAGCAGAUGCUCUUAUCCAGAGCGACUUACAGUUAGUGAGUGCAUACAUUUUCAUACUGGCCCCCCGUGGGAAACGAACCCACAACCCUGGCGUUGCAAGCGCCAUGCUCUACCAACUGAGCUACAGGAAGCACCACUUCACCAAGUCAUUCCAGGUACAGGGCCUUCAGAAAGUAUUCACAGUCCACACCCCUUGACUUUUUCAACAUUUUGUUGUUUUACAACCUACAUUUAAGAUGGAUUACAUGUUUAUUUAUUUUUUUUACACUGGCCUACACACAAUACCCCAUAAUGUGAAAGUGGAAUUAUGUUUUUAGAAAUGUUUACAAAUUAAUUUAAAAUGAAAAGUAUUCAACCCCUUUGGUUAUGGCAAGACUAAAUAAGUUCAGGAGUAAGAAUUUGCUUAACAAGUCACAUAAGUUGCAUGGACUCACUCUGUGUGCAAUAAUAGUGUUUAACAUGAUUUUUUAAAUUACUACCUGAUCCCCACACAUACAAUUAUCUGUAAUGUCCCUCAGUCGAGCAGUGAAUUUCAAACACAGAUUUAACCACAAAGACCAGGGAGUUUUUCCAAUGCCUCACAAAGGAGGGCACCGAUUGGUAGAUAGGUAACAAAAAAAAGCAGAUUAUUAAGUAUUAAUUACACUUUGGAUGGGGUAUCAAUACACCCAGUCACAACAAAGAUACAGGCGUCCUUCCUAACUCAGUUGCCGGAGAGGAAGGAAACCGCUCAGGGAUUUCACAAUGAGACCAGUGGUGACUUUAAAACAGUUACAGAGUUUAAUGGCUGUGAGAGGAGAACUGAGGAUGGAUCAACAACAUUGUAUACUGAACAAAAAUAUAAACGCAACAUGUAAAGUGUUGGUCCCAUGUUUAAAAUAAAAGAUCUCAGAAAUGUUCCAUAUGCACAAAAAGCUUAUUUCUCUCAAAUUUUGUGCACAAAUUUGUUUACAUCCUUGUUAGUGAGCAUUUCUCCUUUGCCAAGAUAAUCCAUCCACCUGACGGGUGUGGCAUUUCAAGAAGCUGAUUCAACAGCAUGAUCAUUACACAGGUGCACCUUGUGCUGGGGACAAUAAAAGGCCACUCUAAAAUGUGCAGUUUUGUCACACAACACAAUGCCACAGAUGUCUCAAAUUUUGAGGUAGCAUCAAAUCAAAUCAAUUCAAAUUGUAUUUGCCACAUGCGCAGAAUACAACAGGUGUAGACAUUACAGUGAAAUGCUUACUUACAAGCCCUUAACCAACAAUGCAGUUAAAAAAGUAAAAAAAUAAAAGCAAAUAACUAAAGAGCAGCAGUAAAAUAAAAUAACAGUAGGGAGGCUAUAUACAGGGGGGUACCGGUACAGAGUCAAUGUGCGGGUCACCGGCUAGUCGAGGUAAUUUAGGUAAUAUGUACAUGUGGGUAGAGUUAAAGUGACUAUGCAUAAAUAAUAAACAAAGUAGCAGCAGCGUAAAAGAGGGGGAUGGGGUGGGGGGGCUGUGCAAAUAGUCUGGGUAGCCAUGAUUAGCUGUUCAGGAGUCUUAUGGCUUGGGGGCAGAAGCUGUUGAGAAGUCUUUUGGACCUAGACUUGGCGCUCCGGUACCGCUUGCCGUGCGGAGGCAGAGAGAACAGUCAAUGACUAGGGUGGCUGGAGUCUUUGACAAUUUUUAGGGCCUUCCUCUGACACCGCCUGGUAUAGAGGUCCUGGAUGACAGGAAGCUUGGCCCCAGUGAUGUACUGGGCCGUACGCACUACCCUCUGUAGUGCCUUGCGGUCGGAGGCCAAGCAGUUGCCAUACCAGGCGGUGAUGCAACCAGUCAGGAUGCUCUCAAUGGUGCAGCUCUAGCACUUUUUGAGGACCCAUGCCAAAUCUUUUCAGUCUCCUGAGGGGGAAUAGGCUUUGUUGUGCCCUCUUCACGACUGUCUUGGUGUGUUUGGACCAUGAUAGUUUGUUGGUGAUGUGGACACCAAGAAACUUGAAGCUCUCAACCUGUUCCACUACAGCCCCGUCGAUGAGAAUGGGGGUGUGCUCAGUCCUCUUUUUUUUCCUGUAGUCCACAAUCAUCUCCUUUGUCUUGAUCACAUUGAGGGAGAGGUUGUUAUCCAGGAACCACACGGCCAGGUCUCUGACCUCCUCCCUAUAGGCUGUCUCAUCGUUGUCGGUGAUCAGGCCUACCACUGUUGUGUCGUCGGCAACCUUAAUGAUGGUGUUGGAGUCGUGCUUGGCCAUGCAGUCAUGGGUGAACAGGGAGUACAUGAGGGGACUGAGCACGCACCCCUGAGGGGCCCCCGUGUUGAGGAUCAGCGUGGCAGAUGUGUUGUUACCUACCCUUACCACCUGGGGGCGGCCCGUCAGGAAGUCCAGGAUCCAGUUACAGAGGGAGGUGUUUAGUCCCAGGGUCCUUAGCUUAGUGAUGAGCUUUGAGGGCACUAUGGUGUUGAACGCUGAGCUGUAGUCAAUGAAUAACAUUCUCACGUAGGUGUUCCUCUUGUCCAGGUGGGAAAGGGCAGUGUGGAGUGCAAUAUAGAUUGCAUCAUCUGUGGAUCUGUUGGGGUGGUAUGCAAAUUGGAGUGGGUCUAGGGUUUCUGGGAUAAUGUUGUUGAUGUGUGCCAUGACCAGCCUUUCAAAGCACUUCAUGGCUACAGACAUGAGUGCUAUGGGUCGGUAGUCGAAAAUGUCAGUGAAAACACUUGCCAGUUGGUCAGCGCAUGCUCGGAGUACACGUCCUGGUAAUCCGUCUGGCCCUGCGGCCUUGUGAAUGUUGACCUGCAUAAAAGUCUUACUCACAUCGGCUACGGAGAGCGUGAUCACAUAGUCAUCCGGAACAGCUGAUGCUCUCAUCCAUGCUUCAGUGUUGCUUGCCUCGAAGCGAGCAUAGAAGUGAUUUAGCUUGUCUGGUUGGCUUGUGUCACUGGGCAGCUCGCGGCUGUACUUCCCUUUGUAGUCUGUAAUAGUUUUCAAGCCCUGCCACAUCUGACGAGCGUCAGAGCCGGUGUAGUACGAUUCAAUCUUAGUCCUGUAUUGACUCUUUGCCUGUUUGAUGGUUAGUCGGAGGGCAUAGCGGGAUUUCUUAUAAGCGUCCGGGUUAGAGUCCCGCUCCUUGAAAAAGCGGCAGCUCUACCCUUUAGCUCAGUGUGGAUGUUGCCUGUAAUCCAUGGCUUCUGGUUGGGGUAUGUACGUACGGUCACUGUGGGGACGACGUCAUCGAUGCACUUAUUGAUGAAGCCAGUGACUGAUGUGGUGUCCUCCUCAAUGCAAUCGGAAGAAUCCCGGAACAUAUUCCAGUCUCUGCUAGCAAAACAGUCCUGUAGCUUAGCAUCUGCGUCAUCUGACCAUUUCCUUACUAACCGAGUCACUGGUGCUUCCUGCUUUAGUUUUUGCUUAUAAGCAGGAAUCAGGAGGAUAGAAUUAUGGUCAGAUUUGCCAAAUGGAGGGCGAGGGAGAGCUUUGUACGCGUGUCUGUGUGUGGAGUAAAGGUGGUCUAGAGUUUUUUUUCCCCUCUGGUUGCACAUUUAACAUGCUGGUAGAAAUUAGGUAGAACGGAUUUAAGUUUCCCUGCAUUAAAGUCCCCGGCCACUAGGAGCACUGCCUCUGGAUGAGCAUUUUCCUGUUUACUUAUGGCCUUAAACAGCUCAUUGAUUGCAAUCUUCGUGCCAGCAUCGGUUUGUGGUGGUAAAUAGACAGCUACGAAAAAUAUAGAUUAAAACUCUCUUGGUAAAUAGUAUGGUCUACAGAUUAUCAUGAGAUACUCUACCUCCGGAGAGUAAAACCUUGAGACUUCCUUAGUAUUAGAUUUUAUGCACCAGCUGUUGUUUACAAAUAUACACAGACCGCCACCCCUUGUCUUACCGGAGUCAGCCAUUCUAUCCUGCCGCUGUAGCGUAUAUCCCGCCAGCUGUAUGUGAUCCAUGUCGUCGUUCAGCCACGACUUGGUGAAACAUAAGAUAUUACAGUUUUUAAUGUCCCGUUGGUAGGAUAACCGUAAUCUUAGGUCAUCCAAUUUAUUUUCAAAUGAUUGAACAUUGGCUAAUAGGAUUGAUGGAAGAGGCAGUUACUCACUCGCCGUCGGAUCCUUACAAGGCACCCCAACCUACGUCAACGAUAUCUCCAUCUCUUUCUCAUGCGAAUGACAGGGAUUUGGGCCUUGUCGGGUUUCUGUAGGAUAUCCUUCGCGUCCGACUCAUUGAAGAAAAAAUCUUCGUCCAAUACGAGGUGAGUAAUCGCUGUCCUGAUACCCAGAUGCUCUUUUUUGUCAUAAGAGACGGUGGCAGAAACAUUAUGUACAGAAUAAAUUACAAAUAACGCAAAAAAACACACAUAAUAGUACAAUUGGUUAGAGGGCUGUAAAACGGCAGCCAUCUUCUCCGGCGCCAUUUCAAAGCAUGCAGUUGGCAUGCUGACUGCAGGAAUGUCCACCAGAGCUGUUGCCAGAUAAUUUAAUGUUAAUUUCUCUACCAUAAACCACCUCCAAUAUCGUUUCAGAGAAUUUGGCAGUACGUCCAACCGGCCUCACAACCGCAGACCACGGUCCUCCACAUUCGGCUCCUUCACCUGCGGGAUCUUCUGAGACCAACCACCCGGACAGCAGAUGAAACAGUGGGUUUGCACACCUGAAGAAUUUCUGCACAAACUGUCAGAAACUGUCUCAGGGAAGCUCAUCUGUGUGCUCGUCGUCCUCACUAGGGUCGUAACCGACUUCAGCCUGGUUCCUCUCUAGGUUUCUUCCUAGGUUCCUGCCUUUCUAGGGAGUUUUUCCUAGCUACUGUGCUUCUACAUCUGCAAUGCUUGCUGUUUGGGGUUUUAGGAUGGGUUUCUGUAUAAGCACUUUGUCACAUCUGCUGAUGUAAAAAGGGCUUUAUAAAUACAUUUGAUUUGAUUCAGUGGUUAAAUGCUCACCUUCGAUGGCCACUGGCACACUGGAGAAGUGUGCUCUCCUCACAGAUGAAUCCCCGUUUCAACUGUACCGGGCAGAUGGCAGACAGCGUGUAUGGCGUCAUGUGGGCAAGUGGUUUGCUGAUGUCAACGUUGUGAACAGAGUACCCCAUGGUGGCGGUGGGGUUAUGGCAGGGGCAGGCAUAAGCUACGGACACAAUCGCAUUUUAUCGAUGGCAAUUUGAAUGCACAGAGAUACCGUGACGAGAUCCUGAGGCCCAUUGUCGUGCCAUUCAUCCGCCGCCAUCACCUCAUGUUUCAGCAUGAUAAUGCACGGCCCCAUGUCACAAGGAUCUUUACACAAUUCCUGGAAGCUGAAAAUGUCCCAGUUCUUCCAUGGCCUGCAUACUCACCGGACAUGUCACCCAUUGAGCAUGUUUGGGAUGCUCUGGAUCGACGUGUACGACAGCGUGUUCCAGUUCCCACCAAUAUGCAGCAACUUCGCACAGCCAUUGAAGAGGAAUGGGACAACAUUCCACAGGCCACAAUCAACAGCCUGAUCAACUCUAUGUGUCCCACUGCAUGAGGCAAAUGGUGUCACACCAGGUACUGACUGGUUUUCUGAUCCACGCCCCCAUACUUUUUUUUAAGGUAUCUGUGACCAAUAGAUGUAUAUCUGUAUUCCCAGUUGGUGAAAUCCAUAGAUCAGGGCCUAAUUUAUUUAUUUCAAUUGACUGCAUGUUGCGUUUUUGUUCAGUGUAGUUACUCCACAAUACUAACCUAAUUGACAGAGUGAAAAGAAGGAAGCCUGUACAGAAUACAAAUAUUUCAAAACAUGCAUCCUGUUUGCAACAAGGCACUAAUGUAAAACUGCAAAAAAUGUGGCAAAGCAAUUAACACUGUAUUCAGGACAAAAAGUUAUGUUUGGGGCAAAUCCAAUAGAACACAUUACUGAGUACCACACUCCAUAUUUUCAAGCACAGUGGUGGCUGCAUCAUGUUAUGGGUAUGCUUGUAAUCGUUAAGGACUGGAGAGUUUUUUUAGGAUAAAAAAGAAACAGAAUGGAGCUAAACACAGGCAGAAUCCAAGAGGAAAACCUGGUUCAGUCUGCUUUCCACCAGACACUGGGAGAUGAAUUCACCUUUCAGCAGGACAAUAACCUAAAACUCAAGGCCAAAUAUACACUGGAGUUGCUUACCAAGAAGACAGUGAAUGUUCCUGAGUGGCCGAGUUACUGUUUUGACUUAAAUCUGCUUGAAAAUCUAUGGCAAGACCUGAAAAAGGCUGGCUAGCAAUGAUCAACAACCAAUUUGACAGAAUAUGAAGAAUUUUGAAAAGAAUAAUGUGCAAAUGUUGCACAAUCCAGGUGUGGAAAGCUCUUAGAGACUUACCCAGAAAGACUCACAGCUGUAAUCGCUGCCGAAGGAGAUUCUAACAUGUAUUGACUCAGGGUUGAAUACUUAUCUAAUCAAGAUAUAUUGUUAGUGUUUAAUGUUUCAUAAAGUUUUUACAAAUGUUAGAAUUUUUCUUCCACUUUGACAUUAAGAGUAUUUUGUGUAUUAAAUACAUUUUAAUCCCACUUUGUAACACAACAAAAUGUGGAAAAAGUCCAGGGGUGUGAAUAUUUUCUGAAGGCGCUGUACAUGUAAAUGUUCUUGGCUAAUAAAGGUCAUUCUGAUUGUGAUUCUAGCACACUAAGCACCCCAUAGCAUCACAAUGCCCCUCACAUUUCACACAACCUCUCUCUACCGUAUAAAGAUCAUUAUACUGAAUGUCCCGGGAAAACUGUGAAUGCUGAUUUUCAUAUCCAGGUGUUAAGUCUUGUGCCAGAUCUACAGUAUGUAACCAUGUUUGUGUUCCUCUCCUUUUAGUUUUCAGCAGUAACUUCCCAGCUAGGGCCGCCUACCAGGUCGCUGCUCUGCCCAGGGUGAGGAUCUGACGGUUUCUAUGACGAUACAGAACGUAACCAUGUGAUGUUACUGACAACAAAGCUGAGAAGUACCUGAACACUAUAUUUGUCUGUUUUUCUCUCUCUCUCCAGGGUGGGCUUGUAGAGAUUGAAGCUGUGGCUGUGCUGGGCCCUCUGACUGACGGGUCUUGAUGUAACCUACACGUCAGCGACAGAACAGGAAGUAGGGGGAAAAUCAACAAAUCCCAUGACCCAUAAAAUGAUGUGCCAUCACAAUACCAGCGUACAGUGAAUAAUUUCCAUAGGUUCAUUUCCUGUUUACUUUAUUAUUGUUUUAAAAAUAGUCCAAAUAAUUAAUAGGAUUUAUGUAGCGCUUUUCCAAAUGAUUAAAGCACUGAGUGUGUGAGUUCAUUGUAAAAUAAAUAUAAUUGUGACAUUUGAAGAAGACUAACUGUUGCAGGUUCUACAGUAUCAUUCUUAAUGGCCCUUGAGGUGUGACCUACGUGAUAAGGUAAUGGUCGAGGUCCUUCCCGACUAAAUGUUCCUGCCUAAAAAUAGUUGCACACCACGUCAUCAAC